GAGGGUCCAGGGAAGCACGGAGGACUGACAGUAACACCGCCACGCCAGCAGUGAAGCCCAUUUUGGUCCCCGCCCGGUUCCCCUUGCUUCUUCUAACAUCUUCCCCCUUCGCCAAUUCCGGAACGGAACUCUUUUUUCAUUCUUCCCAGUGGAAACGUAGGAUUAAUUUCCUGAACACAAUCCGGAAUGGUCAACAUGGCGGCUGCCAUAAGGUGCCUCAGUAGGGUCUUGAUACAUCACCAAAGGCAUAGUCUUUCCAAGAUGGUUUAUCAGACAUCUCUUUGUUCUUGUUCUGUAAAUGUUCAGGUACCCAACAGACAUUUUGCUGCUGCUACAAAGCCUGCAAAGAAAACAAAAAAAGGUGGUAAAGAAAAAGCAUCAGAGGAAAAAAAAGAUGAUAUAGAAAAAAUAAAAUCAUACCCCUAUAUGGAAGGCGAACCUGAGGAUGAUGUCUAUUUAAAACGCUUAUACCCAAGGCAGAUAUACGAGGUGGAGAAGGCUGUUCACUUACUUAAGAAAUUUCAAGUUCUUGACUUUACUUAUCCAAAGCAAGGUGUUUAUCUUGAUUUGACACUAGAUAUGGCACUGGGGAAGAAGAAAAAAGUGGAGCCAUUUGCCAGUGUUCUUAGCUUUCCAUACCCAUUUGCUUCAGAAAUCAAUAAAGUUGCUGUAUUUACAGGGAAUGCAUCAGAGGUUAAAAUAGCAGAAGAAAAUGGAGCUGCGUUUGCAGGAGGAACUAAUCUGAUCCAGAAGAUUUUGGAUGAUGAAAUUCAUGUAGACUUUUAUGUAGCUGUUCCAGAAAUAAUGCCUGAGCUUAAUCCAUUAAGGAAGAAACUGAAAAAAAGAUUUCCAAAGCUUAUUCGAAAUUCUAUUGGCCGUGACAUCCCCAAAAUGCUUGAAUUAUUUAAAACUGGACAUGAAAUUAAUGUAGAUGACGAAAGGGAGAAUUUUCUUCAGACCAAAAUAGCAACAUUGGAUAUGUCAAGUGACCAGAUAGCUGCCAAUCUGCAAGCAGUUAUUAAUGAAGUUUGUAGGCAUAGACCGCUGAGUUUGGGUCCCUUUGUGGUACGUGCCUUCCUCCGUAGUUCAACAAGUGAAGGUUUGUUAUUGAAGAUUGACCCAUUGUUGCCUAAAGAAGUAGAAACCAAAGAGAGUAACAAAGAAGCUGCCUAAAUUUGUUGAACUGUGAAUUUAUUUUCAGUGGUUUAAGAAACAACAGAGAAAUUAUAAAACUGCAUAAUUUUUACAUUUAGUGUCUUGUCAUUUCUCAAUCAUCACACUUGAAAGUGAAUUUUAACACUUGAAAACCUUACAACAGUUUCAAGAAGAAAAUAAAAUUUUCUCUGUGUCUGAACCUGC